UUUUCAGUGCUACAGAUGAUAAGUAGAUAAAUUUUGUACUCAAUUUUGACUUAUAUUUAGCGGCUGUCAGUUGUUUUACGUCUUGUGUAUUUUCUGAAAUAAAAUAUAUCCUGUCUAUAAAUAUCAUUCAAUUUGUACACAAUCAUUUAUGCCGUUUGGACUGCAGCGAUGCGCAUUGAUUGCGAUGAUGCAACGAGAUGAUAAGUAACCUGCAUGUUGUGUUCGAACUGUAGAGGUGAUACAGUGACUAUAUUGUUGCGUUGUCCACCGUAAGGUACAGCUAACGAGAACCGUACAUCUUCCCUUUCCGUAUGGCUGCAUAUGUUAAUCGAACCAUAUCCAUGAUGGCUGGUGACGGGCCGCACAAUGUUGGGCUGAACAACGGCAAUGUGCGUGUCAACAUGUCAAACGUGGACUCUCCGCUGCAGAUUUUUGUGAGGGCCAAGAAGAAGAUCAAUGAUAUAUUUGUGGAAAUUGAUGACUAUGUUAAAGAUGCCGUCACAUUUAUGCAUGCCGUAUCAGGCGACACCAGUAUCGCAACCCCACAAGACGUCACCAAUGUGGAGGCCUAUGUCAGCAAAGUGCAGGCCAUUCGAGAGGUGCUCAAGAGGGAUCACAUGAAAGUGGCGUUUUUUGGCAGAACGAGCAACGGUAAAAGCUCAGUGAUAAACGCCAUGCUUCACGAUAAGAUAUUACCGAGCGGCAUCGGGCACACUACGAACUGCUUCUUACAAGUUGAGGGCUCAGAUACUGACGAGGCGUUCCUACGGACUGAGGGCUCGGAUGAGAAACAACCUGUACAGUCCGUGAGCCAACUAGCCCACGCUCUCUGCGACUCCCGCCUGCAAGAGCGCGCCCUUGUGCACGUGUACUGGCCGCGCGAGCUCUGCGCGCUGCUGCGCGACGACGUCGUGCUAGUCGACAGCCCCGGCGUCGACGUCACGCCCAACUUGGACGAGUGGAUCGACCAGUACUGCCUCGACGCUGAUGUGUUUGUGCUAGUGGCUAACGCAGAGUCCACGCUUAUGGUUACUGAAAAGAACUUUUUCCACAAAGUAUCGACAAAGAUAUCGCAGCCGAACAUUUUCAUACUCAACAACCGGUGGGAUGCCUCCGCUUCCGAACCUGAAUAUCUGGAUCAGGUCCGGACCCAGCACGCCAAUCGUUGCGUAGAUUUCCUCUCUCGCGAACUACGGGUAUGCUCGCCGAAGGAAGCGGAAGAACGCAUCUUCUUCAUCUCCGCCAAGGAGGCGCUGCUGACGCGAAUGCGUGAGCGAGAGAAGCCUGUCACGUCACCGACUUUGGUAGAAGGUCACCAAGUGCGCUACUUCGAGUUCGUGGACUUCGAGCGUAAAUUCGAAGAAUGCAUCAGCCAGUCCGCCGUCCGCACCAAGUUCGCGCAACACUCGCGCCGCGGCAAGAAUAUUGCUUCCGAUGUCAUGGCCAAGCUCGACCAGGUAUACAACAAUGCCACAGAACAAAAAUCCGCAAAAGUGGAAAAGCAGCGCAUCCUUCACGAACAACUGAGUUCUAUUGAAGAGCAACUGACUACCGUCACCCGACAGAUGAAGGACAAAAUCAACCGCAUGGUCGAGAGUGUGGAACACAAGGUGUCAUUGACCCUCAGUCAAGAGAUCCGUCGCCUGGCAGCGCUAGUGGACGAGUACGACACCUCUUUCCGCGCCGACCGCGCCGCGCUUGAACAGUACAAGCGCGCUCUACAUCGCCACGUCGAAGCCGGGCUCGGCUCGAGGCUCAAGAAGAGGCUCAGCCACGAUAUAGGACACGAGAUGGAUGAGGCGCAGAAGGAGAUGGCUGAGCGCAUGUACAACAUCCUCCCCAUGCACAAGCGGGCCGCGGCCGCCACCGUGAUGCAGCCGCACCAGCAGCCCUUCGAGGUGCUCUACCGCCUCAACUGCGACAACCUCUGCGCAGACUUCACCGAGGACCUCAGCUUCAGAUUCUCGUACGGCCUCACUGCGAUCAUACAGCGGUUCCAAGGCAGAGGACACACGAAAACAGCGCUCAAGAACGCCCCACAGUACACACCGAUCCCAGCGACGAUCACACCCGCACCCACCUCCAUGGAGUUAACGCGACCCAGCGGCGCGAUCGGGCCCUUCAGUGCUGAAGAGUGGAGCCUCGUGUCCAAGUUCGCGCUCGGCGCGCUCACCUCGCAGGGCACCAUGGGCGGCCUGCUGCUGUCCGGCCUGUUGCUGAAGACAGUCGGCUGGCGCAUAGUCGCAGUGACCGGGGCCGUGUACGGAGCCCUGUAUCUGUACGAGCGGCUCACGUGGACGGCCAAGGCGCAGGAGAGGCUGUUCAAGAAGCAGUACGUCGCGCACGCCAGCAACAAGCUGCGGCUCAUCGUCGACCUCACCUCCGCCAACUGCAGCCAUCAAGUGCAACAGGAGCUAUCAACGAUGUUCGCUCGCCUGUGCCGCCUAAUCGACGAGGCGACCACGGAGAUGGACGAGGAGCUCGGAGAAGUCCGCGAGGCCAUCAAGAUGCUCGAGGAUGCGUCCACCUCCGCCAAGAAACUACGGAACAAGGCCAACUACCUGGGACAUGAGCUCGAGCUGUUCGACGACGCGUUCCUCGCACACAACUGAAUAAAACCGCUGUGGUAAGGAAUGCGCAGUUCACAAAGGCCGCCCGUUGACUGGCACCGAAGGUAAACGUUAUGUUCAGUGUAUAGUCUAGCGAUACCUCUAUGUACAUUACGACUUGUUGUUGUUUUCACACGUUAUUUAUUAACUUGUUUUAGCGAUCGAAUUACGCGAAGGCUAACUUCUAAGAAACUGUUGAAUGUUUGACAUUUUACUCGCUUGAAUGAAUUUAUGUUAGGUUAUGGUUCCUUUGUGAUUUUAGUUUAUUGUUUGCCUUGAACACCGCGGUGCUACCUGUAUAUACGAAUAGAAGCUCUCGAACGUUUAGUUUCCCUAAAAAAUUGUUAUUGUAAUUUUAGGAAAUUCUAACAAGACAAUCUUAUGAAGUACGUUUACGCUGCUUGUGUUAUCUGUCUGUAUGUUACGUAUUUAUUAGUGUAUAGUUAUUGCUUUAAUACCUACGUUCUGUACGCGCGACGUAAUUCGUGCUAGAGAUUAUACGAAUUAGUUACCUGAAGGAACCGUAGGCCGGUACUUUGGCAAUGCGUUCGCCCGAAGUAUUGAUUACCUGUGAUACAACUUUAUAUGGCUUUUUAGCGUAUUGCGUCUCCACUACACGAUACAUGGCAGUGUACGAGUUUUUGAUAACUGGUACUGUACCAUAUUUGUUUUACUCACAAUGAAAUUGAUAAUCAAGUAAUGUUAUAGAUGACUCACGCUUAGAAUCACACGGCCCGCCUAAUGGUAGGCGAUCACCGAAACCUAAGCUCGCAUUAACUCCCGAGUUAUAUAAAACGCGUUGCCGACAAACCUUUUACUAAAAUAUGGCGGCCAAAAACUGGCAAAUAUUAUUGAAAUCUCCAGUGUAGCGUGAGUUUUUCUUAUCUUAUUAUACACUGACUUUAAGUAUUGUUUAGUAAAAAAUGCAAUCUUACCAACAAAAACGACAAUAUCCAUGUCACAAUUGUACCAAUUAAGUACAUAUUUAUAUUUGCCAAUGACAUUUUAACUUAAUUUUCGUGCACAAAUUCUUUUCACGGCACCUAUUUUCGUGUGAUUAGUACGAUUGUGUCCUGGUUUAUAGACAAAGACGCUGGGUCCAAACGGAUCUAGUUAUUUUAGGGUCCCGUACCUCAAAAGGAAAAAACGGAACCCUUAUCGUAAGUAGGUUUUCCCCUCACUAGCUCGGAAACACGCGUUUUGUCCUUUAAUACCAGCAUUUUAUCCAUUAGUGGAUAAAGUAAUUUGAA